AUGACCGUGGUUUCCCGUGGAGCUGAAAGGCAGGCAAGUGCUUUUAAAAAGUCUGCCUUGUCAGUUGAACCAGUUCACAAGAUGGAUCGCCAACAGUAUCGAAGUCUGUUAAAGAAGAUGUGCAUGCCUGUUGUGAGAGGUCCUGACAACAGACAUGGCUUUGCCAGCUUUGAAGAGAGAAACAGUAAUUCUUUCCUUAAAUUCAAUCCAUUCACCUCUCUAGUAGAGCCGAAUUACCCUUUAUUCCCACACCGGGAUGAUGUGCCUUUAGUGGAUCCCUGCUCAGGUUUUGUGAGUCCAGGAGCAGAUGCUGACCUGCAGCCCAAUGUUGGAAGAGCUGUUGAAUCCCUGGUGUACUACAGUGAUUGGAAACCUCACCAGCAGGUCCCCAUCACAGGAAAGAGAGGCGAGCCUCCCCACAGGAGGCAGAUGAUCCUCCUGGAGGAAACCAACCAGGACAGAAGGUGGAAUUCCAGGGCUGUGUCAGCUGCUUCUGUCAGGGCACAACUCAGAGGUUGGAUAACUCCAGUGAAAGUUGCUCCUGCUCUACCUGACCAAAACCAUAUUUUUGCAUUUUGUAUGGAUCCCAAUCUCAAGGAAUUAAGAGAUCCUUCUGCAAGGUGAAGAGAAGAAAAAGUAAGGGACUAUUUCUACAAGUCAAAUACUCUAAAAGCUUAUAAAGAAGUUCCUUGGGAUAAUAUAUUACCUUCCAAAAUCUAGCCUGCAGAAUCAACAGUGGAAGUGUUGGCUGAUCCUGUUUCCCAGUGUUUCACAAAAAGGAGAUACAAUCCUGAAAUAAGCCAAGUUGUUGGAGACUUCUGGGACAGAUUUCAAACAAGAUCUUUUAUCUCUCCACAAGAGACCUGUUGCAGUGUAAGCCGAAGCUCUCGAACCUGUCAUAUCCCUUUGUAUACUGGCUGUGUUGGUGCAGUACAUUUUGAACACCUUGACAAUGCCGAUGUAGACUUAAUCCCACUUAACCAUGUGCGAACUUCAAAGCCUCGCUACACAAGCACUGCACACACUCCAAAUAUCCCUGGAUACACUGGCAAGGUUCAUUGCUCAGCAACCCACCCGGCAAAUUCUAAUCUUCCAUCAACAACCCCAUCAAUAAUUGCAUGAAUGCAUGGACAGGUAUGAGGUAUAUUUCUCAGCUUAUACAUAGCAAAACACAGAAGCGUGUCUCAGUAUAAUCACCAGCGACCUUUUUCUCAAAUGGUGACUCCAGUUAGUCCUCAGAAUUCUUUCAACAAGAGAGAACGAGAAACACUUACAGUUUAG